AAAAAAUGUCCACAUUUGUGGACGUGAACAUAGUGAAAUACCUUUGUUCUUGCGAAAAAAGGCACCCAAUAUGUCGCCUGUACUUGUGUAGACACUGUUUGAAACUUAGAUGCGGAGACUGUGUCCAGCAUGAGGUUGACACACCUUAUUGCCCAAACUGUUUGGAAAAUAUGCCAUCUGCUGAGGCCAAGCUUAAAAAGAACAGAUGUAGCAACUGUUUUGAUUGUCCGAGCUGCGGUCACACCCUGACUACCAGGGCGACCAGUACCAGCAUCCCGGAUCCUGAGGAUCCUAACAAAACCACACCCAAGAAGAUGUAUUACAUGGUCUGCGGAUUUUGUCGCUGGACCACCAGAGAUGUGGGCAUCCAAGACAAGCCAGUCGCCAGUGGAGGAUGGGAAGAUUUGGAGAACAAGGAUUCAAAGCAGAUAUUCUCUUUACUUGAAACUUACGAGAAAAUUGCUCAGAAAGAAAAAGCUGAAAAAGAGAGAAAGAAAUACGUCAGGCGAAGGAGCUACCUCAGCUACACAGCUGGCAUGGACAAAUAUGGAAUGGUGUCUGUUGCUGCCAAAAGGAAGCAGGGGAACCUGGCCAAUCUAAGCAUCAAGGAAAAUGAAGAAGUCAGUUUUUCUAUGGUAAAACCAUCUGAGACUGUCAAAAUGUUUGAUCCACUCCCAGAGAGUAUAUUCACAGAACCAUUACAGUUAGAUAAGAUGAGCACCAUCAGCCAGAGACAUGCCUCCCCGGAGUUCCAACCCAGCGAGAGCAGCGUCCUCUACCCGCUUCAUAAACACCUGCUCAUCAGAAGGUCCCUUAGGUGUAAGGAAUGUGAGCACAACUUGAGUAAACCAGAAUUCAACCCAAUAUCUAUCAAGUUCAAGAUUCAGCUAAUUGCCCUGCACCAUAUACCUGAAAUAAAGAUUUUCUCUCCUCCUGAGCUGGUGCUGAAGAAGGACUGCAAGGUGACUUUGACCCUGACUAAUCCUAGCGCAUACAACAGCAAGCUUUCCUUCCUACAAAUCGACUCCAAGGAGGAUGACUUCAGCAAUGCAAAGGUGGAGCUGCCAAAACAAGCGAUUACUGUUGCUCUUAGAGAUGACGCCGCCUUGUAUGAUGAUGGAAGUCAAGGUCAAGAAGUGUUCAAGGACGAUCCAAGUGUUAUAGCUUUCAGAAAGUCGAAUAAGGUGGGACUUAUUCUGAAGGUCAAGCCGCUAAAUCCAGAGGAGGAUGUCAAGGUAUUUAUCUAGAUCUACACUAAAGACAGAUAUG